AUGUCGUAUUACUUUGCCAUUAUUGGCACACAAGAUAACCCGCUCUUCGAGCAUGAGUUCGGCACUUCGAAGCAAGGCGGCGAUGGUAUUGCGCGGUUCCCAGAGCAGGCAAGGCAUAUGAACCAGUUCAUUGUUCACAGCAGCUUAGAUAUCGUGGAGGAAGUGCAGUGGGGAGGUGGACAAAUGUAUCUCAAGUGCAUCGACCGCUUCUACAAUAACUACGUUUCCUGCUUCGUCACAGGCGGAAACGUCAAAUUCCUCCUCCUCCACGCUCCCUCGCAACCCGCCGGCGCAAACCAAAAUCGAGCCAGCACCUCCAUCGCCGCGAACCCUACGUCCCCCCAGGCGGAAGAGGCGAUCAAACAGUUCUUUACCGAGGUGUAUGAGAAUUGGGUGAAGACAAUUAUGAAUCCGUUUUAUCAGGUUAAUAUGGAGGUUAAGAGUCCUGUGUUUAGGGGGAGGGUGGCAGCGGCAGGGAAGAAGUAUCUUUGA